GUUUUUCAACUCCUAUUCAAAAUUAUCUAAAAAUAGUAAUCAUCUUUGUGCAAAUUUUGAAGUUUAUAACAGAAAUGGAGAGCCUUACACAUUUUGGAUAAUUAUCUGGGGCAGUCACCUUACCAAUCGCAUUUUCUAUGGUGGCGGCGAUGUUUUCGUUUUAAUUCUUUGUUGACGCUGUGGGGGUUAUGCUUUUUUUUUUGUAGAAAAUUGUUAAAAAUCUUUUUGGGAUUGUUAUAGACAGAAGAAUGUAAAAUGUCUGAGUUAUUGCCGUUGUGAGAAAUAUUAAGUCUUCAUAAAUGUUUAGUUUUUCUCAUCCAAGUGUAAGAGGAUGUCUUGAUUGGUACUUUAUUUUCCAAUGUCUACUUAUAGAUCGUUUUGUUUACAUUUGUUGGUGCUAACUAUAAAUGUGUUUCUUAAGGCGAAAGCAGCCUAUACUUCCCUCAAUAACCCUGUGCUGCUUUAUUCCACAACAAAGGAUAUUCGAAUUGUGAACAUAACCAGAAUAAAUAAUGUGAAAACAAAACCCCUAACAAUAGUUAGGAAUUACACCUACAUUUCCGCAAUAGACUUUCAUUAUGCUAAACAGAAAAUUUGCUGGGCCGAUCACGAAAUUGAGAGCAUUCAGUGUUGUCACCAUACAGGUUUUGUUGCAGAAAAUAAGGUUGAAAUUAUAACGGGGGUACUGGCUCCCGACGGUAUUGCGAUAGACUGGUUUACUGACAAUAUAUAUUGGACGGACAACGAUGCGAACAGAAUCGAAGUGGCAACGCUGGACGGAAAACACCGCAAGGUGUUGUUCUGGACCGAUAUCGAUCAACCGCGCGCCAUCGCGGUAGUGCCGACUAAAGGGCUGUUAUUUUGGACCGACUGGGGAGAAAUACCGAAAAUCGAACGGGCGGGAAUGAAUGGUGAGAUGUCUACAAGAAAAGUGAUCGUUUCGGAAAAUAUUUAUUGGCCCAAUGGUAUAACAGUGGACUACGAAAACGAAAAGGUCUACUGGGUCGAUGGAAAACUGUUAUUUAUCAAGGUUAUGGAUUACGACGGAAAGAAUAUAUCCACGUUUCUCGCCACUGGAUUUGAAUACCCGUACGCCGUUGCCCAGUUCCGUAACAAAUUGUACUGGACCGACUGGAAGACGAUGGCUAUACACUUCUAUGAGCGGAGCGUGUCGUUGAAACCCAUCGAGAUACUUCUCACCUCCCAUCCGAUGGACAUUAAAGUGUACGACAGACAGAGGCAGCCACUCGAAGCGCACGCAUGCGAGACGGAUAACGGCGGUUGUUCCCACCUGUGCCUCCUGGCGCCCGAUCAACCGUAUUACAGUUGCGCGUGUCCCAUUGGGAUCAAACUGGUCGACAAUCAAACCUGCGCGGACGGCCCCCAAGAGAUUCUCUUGCUAGCGAGGAGGACCGAUAUUUACCUGAUUUAUCUGGACUCACCCGAUUACAGUUACAAAGUAAUACCGCUGAGUGACGUCAAGUAUUCGAUAGCAAUCGAUUAUGAUCCCGUCGAGGGUUACAUAUAUUGGUCCGACGACGAAGUUAAGAAGAUCCAAAAGUCGAAGCUGGACGGUACCGACCAGCGCGACGUCAUCGCCGCGGAAGUUCAGGAUCCAGACGGCAUAGCGAUCGACUGGGUGUCGCGGAACAUUUACUGGGCCGAUACUGGCACCGACCGGAUAGAGGUAGCCAGAUUGGAGGGGGGAUACCGGAAAGUGAUUGUCGGGCAGGGUCUGAUUGAUCCUAGAGGCAUAGCGGUGGCGCCGGAGCUCGGCUGGUUGUUUUGGUCCGACUGGAGCGAGAAGGACACGAAGGUGGAGCGGUCGAAUUUGGAUGGUUCCGAGCGCACUUACGUAGUCCGCGAUAAGCUGGGCUGGCCUAACGGCAUCACAGUGGACGUGGAACGUGAGAAGAUCUACUGGUGCGACGCCAAGUUCGACAAGAUCGAGUACGCGGACAUGGACGGGUCGAACCGUCGCGAGCUAAUCAGCGACAAUCUCCCUCAUCCGUUCGGGUUCAGCCUGAUGGGCGGCUAUUUAUACUGGACGGACUGGCAGAGGCGUGCGAUCGAUCGGGCCCAUAAAGAGACGGGCGGGGGUCGACAGGUGAUCGUCGAUCAAAUGGAGAAUGUGAUGGGGGUGAAAGCAAUAAGGCUGGGUAACGCCAGCGGCAAGAACCCGUGCCAAGAGGGCAACGGAGGCUGCGCACAGCUUUGUCUGCACAGACACAACUCAACGCGCGUCUGCGCGUGUCAAGUAGACUAUGAGCUGGCCAGAGAUCUCACUGGAUGUGUCAAACCAGACGCCUUCCUGUUGUACACAAAGAGGGAGGGCAUUGGAAAGAUUAGUAUUGAAAACGAGCCGCUGGAGAAUAGUCUGCACAUCGCUGGGGUCAAGGAGGCGAGUUCAAUCGACUUUGACACGAAUUCGAUGCGAAUAUACUGGAGCGACAGCAAACUACGAACGAUAAUGAGGGCUUUCGUUAACGGAUCCGAACCUCAGAAGGUCAUCGACCUAGGUUUGACCUCCCCCAAGGGUAUCGCUGUCGACUGGCUUGGUCUAAACAUAUACUGGACGGACCCUCUGUCGCAUCGGAUUGAGGUGUCCCGUUUGGUGGGAACAUCGAGGAGGACUCUCCUGUGGGACGAGACCUACGAACCGCACGAUAUUGUCCUAGAUCCUGUUUACGGGUUUAUGUAUUGGUCGGAAUGGGGCCAGCAGUCGAAUUCGAUCAAGAAAGCUGCCAUGGACGGGUCGAACCCCAAAGAACUAAUAUCGACAAACGGACGCGCUGCCGGACUGACCCUAGACUACGAGGGGCGAAGACUCUAUUGGAGCGAAGAAGACGUGCCGGCCAUAUGCUCGGCCGACCUGGACGGCAACGACAAGAAGGUUAUCGUAAAGGAUAAUCUGCACGUGCCCGUCGGGUUGACGUUGUACAAGGAACAUAUUUACUGGAGUGAUCACAAAACUGCGGAAAUAUCGAGAGCAAACAAAUACGACGGCUCGGGGCACGAGAGAAUCUUCGCCUUGUCGGAGAACGUGUCUGACCUGGUGGUUUACCAAUCCAUCAAACAGAAGCGUACCAAUCAGUGCGCGAUCAGCAAUGGCGGUUGUUCCCACCUGUGCCUCGCCUUACCCGCCGCCGAUCCCGAUGAGCAGAGCAGAUACACGUGCGCGUGCCCCACCCACUACACUCUACGAGGCAGUGAGUGCGUUCCCCCGUCGCACUUUAUGAUCUACAGCCUUAAAAAUUUGGUGGUAAGACUGGUACCGGACACAUCGGACUGUCCAGAGGCCGUGUUGCCGAUACACGGCCUUAAAGCGGUGCGCGCGGUCGAUUAUGACAUUAGGAACAACGUCCUCUACUGGAUCGACGGCAAGUACCACACGAUCAAGAGUUCAAACGCUGGAGUGUUCGUGCCAGGCAGUCCAGACAUUAAACCGUUCGAUAUAGCCGUGGACAUGGUAGGCCGGGUUCUGUUUUGGACGUGCGCGAUACAAAAUGUGAUCAAUGUAACCCGUCUCGACAAUUCCAACCCGUUCGGCAGUCUCGAGAGGCGGAACGGAGAACAGCCUCGUUUGAUCGUUAUACACGUGUCUAAAAGGUUGUUAUUCUACACGGACGUGGGUGAAACGCCACAACUAGUUAGAACCCGCCUGGACGGAUCGCACCGGGUCGUUAUCACCAAGGCGGGCGACAUUACCGCCGUAGCGGUCGACGUCGACAACGACUUGGUGGUCUGGUCCCAGGGUCAAAGUAUCUACAUCAGCAACAUCGACGGCGAAAACAAGCACGUGCUGGUCAACGAGAGUAACUCAAAGAUCACCCAGCUCACUGUCCACUCUGGUUGGCUCUACUGGAUCGAUCGCGACGUCAACCAGCUACAACGGCUGGAGCUGACUACCGGUAAGUCGCGAUCGACGCUUCCCGUUCAGGUGUCCCACGUCGUCGACCUCGUAUCCGUGAAGAGACCGGACAACCACAGCUGCGACACCUCCCAUCCGAAAGGCUGCUCUCACUUUUGCGUACUGAACGGUACAGAUGCGCAGUGCGCAUGCCCCAACGGUAAGACGCUGCAGGAGGACCGCAGGUUAUGCCACACAAUACCAAAUUGCGGUCCAGAGCGUUUCUCGUGUACGGUCGCCUCUUCGGACGUCAAAGACUGCAUUCCGAUCUCGUGGCGAUGCGACCACCAAAAAGACUGCUCGGACGGUAGCGACGAGCUCGACUGUCCGUCGUGUCGGCCGAAUCAGUUUCGUUGCCAGGACGGGCAGUGUAUCGACAAGGCGCUCGUCUGUGAUAAGACCACGAACUGCGCUGACAAGUCGGACGAGAAGAACUGCUGCGAGAACGGGUUUCAAUGUCCGCACACGGAGGUGUGUUUGCCGUCGUCGCUCGUCUGCGACGGGAAUGAGAACUGUGCGGACGGCUCUGACGAGAAGGACUGCAACGGGACUAGAGGCGGGUCCGGCGACGCCUGGCUGGGCAAGACGUUUUUCGUGGUGGCGGUGGUGAUCGCUUUCAUUUUCACUCUAGUAUUGGCCGUGUUCUUUUGUCACCGGAAGAGAUGGCUGCCGCGAGAGGACGCUGCGGAAACGCCCGAAGACGCGCUCAGUCCCCUCCAUCCGAACGCGCACGGCAAGCAUCUCAAGUUGCGCAAAGCGUCGGAGUGUUUAGACCGGCGAACGGGGCGACUAGACGCUGAACUAGUGCGCGACGAACUCGAAGAGGAGUUGAUAAAAGAGGUGGCCCUGUGUUCGGAAAUUCGCGACCUCUUCGGCCGGGUGCUCGACGACGUCGAGAAACAGCUGCUGGAAGACAAAACGGCUAAACAGCGCGUGGAAUUCGACUGGAGCGACAAACGGGACGCCCAUGAAAUCGACGUCCUUUGCUCGUCGCUAAAUAACCGUUCCACCGUUUUGACGUUCAAGCCCGGUUCUGUUAUUUUUCCGGAAAGACAAUCUUCGCCGGAAUAUUGGGAGAACUGGACGAGAGAGUCGCUGAUCGAGGCGGAGGCGACGCGGCAACGCUCGUUAACUUUGAGAGCGACGCUGGAUUCGAUAUUGAGAAAGGCGGCAGACGAUUUAAAGGCGCAGGCCAACCGGGUCGAGUUGGCAUUGGCGAAAACUGUCGCUUGCAACGAGGAAGUAGUCGCGAGACUCGAAGACGACUUGCGCAAGACGCUCGGCGAGUUGGUCGCCGCGGAAGGCCUCAUCGAUACCCUGGAAAACGACCUUCGACGUUUGGACACGCCUCUGAAAAAGGCCCACACGCGUCUCGAUAAACGUUUGGCGAGAAACGGGGUGGAAAAUUGUCGCGACGCGGUCCAUUACGGAUUAGUAGACGAGGUCAAAUCAAUCGCAGAGAGCGCUUCCGGUCUCCAGGGUCGCCUCUGUCGAGCUCGGCAAGUGCGAGGUGAGUUGAUCGAGAUUAGGACCGAGCUCGAACGCGAGCUCGCGUGCAAGCGUAAAACGAUCGAAAUCGACUGGGGCCGGCUGCAAAAAUUGCGUGAGCAUUAUCCGUCUGCUGCGGCUCUGCUUGGCCACUGA